CGCUGUGCGGAGGACACCCCUUUCCGGCUCUGCACGCGGCGCGGGGCAGAGCUCCGGGGGCGCUGUGCUGCCGCCUCCUGGUGUCGGUUUACAGUACGAAUUGUGCCGCCCCGGUACCCUCACUCCCCCGACUUUCGUUCUGGGAGGCCCUGGCCGGGUGCCGAGAGGGGCGCUGUAUCGAGUGCGACCCCCCUCCCCCAAAGCAGCGUCCAUGCUAAAGGACAUAGACCCUAUUGUCCUGGAGUAAAGCUGACCAGCAGAGGGUGCACGAGCUUUCCCAGGAGCUGGCCUCAAAGGCGAGCUGGGCAGACGGGACUGGUGUCUGAUGAUUAACAAGUACUAUAAAUGAAAAGGUUCUGGCACACCAAAAACAGUUACCAAAUGGAAAGAGAGAGCAGCCAUAACAUCAGGACUUGAUAGGAAGAACCGCUCUGGGAUGGUGAGCUGCAGUUGGGAACCUAUAGACAAAGUACUGAUUACGAUGAAUGUGAUUUGGAGAAAUUCUGUUUCCUGUCUGAGGAUAAAAAAGGUGCCACAUAGAUACCAAAGUGGUAAUCACCCAAUGGUCCCUCUGGGAUCAAGGAUUUUAACUGACCCAGCCAAAGUUUUUGAACACAACAUGUGGGAUCACAUGCAAUGGUCUGAAGAAGAAGAAGCAGCAGCUGGGAAAAAAGUAGAGGAAAACUCAGCUGUGCGAGUCCUUCUGGAAGAACAAGUUAAGUAUGAGAAUGAAGCUAGUAAAUAUUGGAACACAUUUUAUAAGAUUCAUAAGAAUAAGUUUUUCAAGGAUCGUAAUUGGCUGUUGAGGGAAUUUCCUGAAAUUAUUCCAGUUGAUCAAAAAACUGAACAGAAGCUGCAGGAAUUAUCAUGGGAUCAUGCAAAAACUAGUGCUGCAGAUGGUUUCUCAAGAAGGCACUGCCCUACUAUGCCUGAAGAAAACAAUCAUAAGAAAAGUUGUGGUCCAUCAGGUAGUCAAAGCAAAGUGGGAUCACAUUUUUCCAACCUGGAAUCUAAAGAAAACAGAAAAGGACCUCUGAAGACAGAACUGUUUCCUGGUAGCAACGCCACUUUCAGAAUCCUAGAGGUUGGCUGUGGAGCUGGAAAUAGUGUUUUUCCAAUUUUGAACACUUUACAGAAUGUUCCAGAGUCCUUUCUUUACUGUUGUGAUUUUGCUUCCAGAGCUGUGGAGCUAGUAAAGUUGCACUCGUCCUACAGAGCAGCCCAGUGCUAUGCCUUUGUUCAUGACGUCUGUGAUGAGGGCUUACCUUACCCUUUUCCAGAUGGGAUACUGGACGUCAUUCUCCUUGUCUUUGUGCUCUCUUCCAUUCAUCCUGACAGGAUGCAAGGCGUUGUAAACCGACUGUCCAACUUACUGAAACCUGGAGGAGUGCUAUUAUUUCGGGACUAUGGAAGAUAUGAUAAGACUCAGCUUCGUUUUAAAAGGGGACAUUGCUUAUCUGAAAAUUUUUAUGUUCGAGGAGAUGGUACCAGAGUAUAUUUCUUUACAAAAGGGGAAGUCCACAAUAUGUUCUGCAAGGCUGGGUUAGAAGAGAAGCAAAAUCUGGUUGAUCGUCGUUUACAAGUGAAUAGGAAAAAACAAGUGAAAAUGCACCGAGUGUGGGUUCAAGGCAAAUUCCAGAAACCAUUACACUUGAUUCAAAAAACCUCCAAGUUGGGAUUUUCACUCCUUUUUCAUGGCUGAAUCAUGAGGAUUACACUGUACAAAGACUUCUGUAGAUCUUUCAUUUUUGAAAGGACAACCAGAAGAAAAGAGAAUUUGUAUAUCCUGCUGUUUAUCAUGGGUGAGCUCUUUUGUUUAAGCACUCGUGAAUGAUUUGGAAGAGUGUACCAUAUUCCGUGUUUUCAAAGCUUAAUGUGCUCAAGCUUGUUUGUGUUUAUGUCUAACCAUUUUGUUUGUUCUCUGAAAUUUAUAAGCUUUCAAUUAAAUUACUGCUAUAAGUCAGAUGAUUCUGAGAAACCAUACCCUGACAUUUUUUAGAAGUGCAAAAAAAAAUAUGUUUAUGUGUUAGUCUAAUAUAGUUAAACUCUCUUCCUCUCUUAUCUGAUAGCAGAGAGACAGUACUCCUUUGUUUCCCCCGCAAGUCACAAGGCCUAGGUGAAUUUUUUGUUUUCACCUUUUCUGUUUACCCCAAAACUCUUUUUUUUUUUUUUUUAAUUCAGAGACUAAUGUCUGAAAUAGAAUUUUAGUUUCUGUUUCCUAAAAUUGGGGAAGUAUGACCCACGCUAACAUCAUUUUCAGGCUAUUAUUAGGUGUACAACUUAUUGUAAGCUCUCUUUAAGUCAACUGUUAUACCCCCCCCCAAAUUCUUAUUACCACCUUGCCUCAAAAAGGAUUUAAGUUGGCUUGCAAAUUGCACUUUGUAAAAAUGGAGUUUUUAAGAUUGGUUUUUCAUUUGUCAUACAACAUAUACUGAGUACUUUACACUGUGCGAAAUUAUAUGGACUAAUACAAUAAACAUAGACCCAGCCCUGUCUUCAGAGAGCAUAGAUAGAAUCUGGCUGUCAAAGCAAAACAUGCACAUCCCAAGCCUCUAAAUCACAAUCUCAGAUAAUAUAUAAACAGGUACUCAAAUAAGGAACUUAGCAGCUAGCGGACUUUGAGCCACAGAAAUCUAGAAGAAAUGGAAAUCUCUUGAAGGACUACCAUUGGAAAAAUUCAGUUCCCACUCUUUUUCCUUUUUGAAUGCACUUAAAAUUCAGUUUUCGGAAGAAUGUGAUUGGUCUAACUUGAGUCAUGGAUUCAUCUCUCGACAGAUUGGGGCAGGGAAGCUUCAUUGAUGGUGCCACCUGAAUGUAUGGAGGUGCAGGAAAGUUCCUCAAAGGAAAAGGAAGACACUGUUAUCAAAAGAAACAGUCACAAACAGCACGUCCCAGAGUAGUGUUAGUGGCAGCAAUAGUGGUUCCAAAGAGAAAGAUUAGUUGGUGGGAAGGAAGGGGGAAACAUCAGGUUCUGGGGGGCAGUGGAUGUCAGCCUAGUCCCUGAUGGGGAGAAGACAAGUGUGUUUGGUGUGGGCCAUUCCCCAUGAUGAAUUGUGGAGAAAAGAUGGGGUAGGAGUCAGCUGCUAGACAGCCUUGAAUAGAGGGCACGUGGGCUUCUAGUCUCUAGUCUGGAGCAAUCCAAGGUUAGUUUGUUUCUGUUUUAUUCUACUCAUGUUAUAAAUACAUUUAGAGAGAUUGAGGUAUCCCAUAUGUAAUGGAAUGCAGUGAGGCCAGACAUCGGGGCAGGAAGACCACAUAAAGGGUUUUGCAUACACUUGCCUUGGUGGCAAUUCCUCAGAAGUACAAUAUCAAGCUUUCUGUAUACAUGGCAUCAGUCAAUAAAUGCAGAAGUUAAAAUGUG